AUGGCCAUGAAGAUGCGACAUCGAUUGCACAACCUGGAGUUCAAGCGGCCGACGUCCGUUCCAGAGAGCCUAUCUGUCGCCGGUGUGGAGUCUGAGCCGCAGCCGGCUCGUGCGCCAAAGACGUAUAGCGUGAUGUACAUCGUAGGAACUGACAACUUGGCGGGAUUGAAAACUAUUUUCAAUCAUCCGCUUAGUAUUCUGUUGCUGGCCUGUCCACUCGGGGUCCUGCCGGCACGUCUUGCCCAGGGAUGCACCACCAUACGGGCAGCUACCCUGCCGCGAACCAGCAGCACAGCGGACUGUCUUAUCAGAAUGUUAUGCCGCAGGCUGCUGCGUAGUCUGGCAAUUAAUCAGCAGCUACAAGCGUUUUUUGAACGCGAAUCCUCUCUUUGA